AUGUGCGUUGACAGUGCCCGCAUCGAAGACGUGCAGUGGUGUACGAUUGCCCGACAUUAUGCCACACCAGACAAGGAUUGCUCUGCCACUAAAUCUGUCGAUUUCUUUUACGUAGGAGGGAUGAUAGAUAGCUCCUCACUCUUUCCAGGUGAAGAUUCGGGUCUUCUUCUCCUUUCCAUCGCCGCUGUAGCCUUGGCUCAGUACGGACACGGAUAUGGUGCUCCAGCAUACGGUCACAACGACUAUGCCCAACCCAUCCCCUUCCAAUACGGAUACGACAUCGCCGGUGACCACGGUGAAUUCAAGCAGACCCGACAAGAGCAUGGAGAUGGAAACGGCAAUGUCCAGGGAAGCUACGGAUACGUUGACGCCCACGGAAUCUCCCGACAGGUCGACUACGUCGCUGACGGACACGGAUUCAGAGCCCAGAUCAGAACCAACGAGCCUGGAACCGAAAGCCAGAACCCCGCUAAUGUUGAGCUCCACGCCCAACCCGCCCAGGUCCAUGCCCCAGCACCCGCUUAUGGAUAUGCUGCCCCAGCUCCCCGACGACACUACUAG